GAAGAGGAAGAAGAAGAAAAAAGGAAGAAGCUAUUAUGUGCUGCUGCUGCUGUGAGGAUUGUGAAUGCAGGCCUCUGGGCUUUCUGCUUGGCCUGCCCUUCGCUUUCCUCGCCCUCCUCAUCUCCCUUGUUGGAAUCCUCGUCUGGAUCGUCGGGUUGGCGUUGACUUGCAUAUGCCCAUGCUGCUUGUGCGUGACACUGAUCGUUGAGUUUGCACUAAUGUUAAUCAAGGCUCCCUUUCUGGUCAUGGAAUGGUUCACAUCUAAGAUCCCCUGUUAAAAUUGUAGGUAGCCUGAAAAGAAUAUCCACUAUCCAAAUGUUGAUUGAUAUUUGAUUAUCUUCCUAAUAGACGUGUAACUUGACACGUCUUGGGGAAAUAGAUUUUGUCUCUGCUCUGAUGCACAACAUAUAUCUCAUGAGUAAUGUUACAUACAGUCGUGAAAUGCGCAAAUUCAUGACUGUACGGUGCUUAUACACCCACAACUACAAAUAUCAUUUCUCAUAUCUCAUUGUGGUGAAAUUCUGUAAUUUUCUACCAAAUUGAAUCAUUCGAUUCGAAAAGUAGCAAGUAUAAUAAUAAAUAUUUA